CUAGCAUUUCUCUUUUCAUUAUUCCGGGUUUCCUAUGUUGGCAGGCUUCGGAUGAUCGCAGCAUAAGUGAAAAAAGAAGGAAAAAUGGAAGCUUUGGUGUGCAGAAAAAUCGGCGAUCCUACAAUCCCACCCAACUCGUCGGAGAACUCUCCGCUCGCCUUUUCAACUUCAUAUCCUAUCCCAGAAAUCAACUCGCCCAAUUCUGUCCGGGUUAGAGUAAAAGCCACCAGCUUGAACUUCGCCACUUACCUGCAAAUCCAAGGAUUGUACCAAGAGAAGCCUCCACUGCCGUUCAUCCCGGGAUCAGAUUACUCUGGAAUCGUUGACGCCGUCGGAACAAACGUCACCAAGUUCAAAGCCGGCGAUCCUGUGUGCUCUUUUACGGGUCUCGGUUCAUUUGCCCAAUUCAUUGUUGUCGACGAAUCAGAUUUGUUUCGAGUGCCUGAUGGUUGUGAUCUUGUUGCGGCUGCUUCACUUCCCGUGGCAUAUGGAACGUCACACGUGGCCCUCUCUUACAGGGCACGUUUGCGUCGGGGUCAGGUCUUGAUGGUUCUUGGAGCAGCAGGAGGCGUUGGGGUUUCAGCUGUUCAAAUUGGGAAGGUUUACGGAGCUACUGUUAUUGCCGUAGCAAGGCCUAGGGGAAAUGAAAAGGUGCAGUUUUUGAAGUCUUUGGGUGUUGAUCAUGUUGUUGAUGUGAGCAAGGACAAUGUGAUUGAAAACGUUAAGGAAUAUCUAAAAUCAAGAAAGUUAAGGGGGGUUGAUGUCCUGUAUGAUCCGGUCGGUGGAAAGCUUUCCAAAGACAGCUUGAAACUGCUAAAUUGGGGUGCACAGAUUUUGGUCAUUGGGUUUGCAAGUGGAGAUGUACCUAUCAUCCCAGCAAACAUUGCUCUUGUGAAGAACUGGACAAUACAUGGCCUGUACUGGGGAAGCUAUAGGAUACAUCAACCAAGUGUGCUUGAAAAUUCUGUCAAUGAGCUCUUAUCUUGGCUUUCGAGGGGAUUGAUUACCAUAAACAUCUCUCAUAGUUUUAGCCCGUCAAAGGCACAUCUUGCUUUCUCUGCUCUCAAAGAUAGGAAAGCGGUUGGAAAGGUUGUGCUUACGUUUGGUGAUGGCAACACCAACAGAUCUAAGCUUUAGUUGGUGAACAUGCCAUAUGACUGAGAUGAGAUGCCUUUGUUUGGAUCUUAUCCCACCUGCUAUGAGUCUCUACGAGUCUCUGACCAAAUGGUAAAGAAUUGGGGAAGCCUGCGGUACCUGCGGUAUUGAUCAACUUAUUUAAGAAAAUACAGUAAUGCUUUACUCUUAUGAUUUCUGCUGUUUUUUGGUGGGAAAUCAAGUCCGAUGGACCAAUAUUACCGGGAAGUCGGUCAUAGCUGCAGCACAAAGCCACACAUCGUAAUGAUAAAUGCAUUACUAAUAAAAUGUAUGGAGUACUACGUAUCUUUGUUUACAAUUACUAAUUUAUCUCUAUUUCAUAAUCUUCAUUUUGUUCUUAGAAUGUUAUUAGUUGGGCUGAAAUUUCUGAUCUGGUCCGAUAUGUUUAAGUAUGAUCCAUUUAACUUGUCUAGUGUGGUUUGGGAUUGAAAUUAGUCCAAGAAAAACAUCCUUGUUGAAGUAUGUUAUACCGGCCUACUACUAUUUAGGGGGCCAAGGCAUUGCCCUAGUACAGAGUUCGAAUGACAAGGCCCAUUCCAGCCUAUCAGACCUGUUUUGGCUCUUUAGGCCCAUCUCAGCCCACUUGGCUCGUUAGGGUGGUUUUGCACCCUAACCCUAAAUAUUGGACUUUCCCUCUAUGUUAGACAAUCCUUUCUCUUCUUCAGUUCUUCCCCUACACUUUCCUCCUCUCUAGAAUAGUUAGCAAUAGCAUAAGACUCCAUUAAUGGGAGCUCAACAUUUGUACUAUGUAAAUGGUGAGGAGAGUUUAAUGAGAAAGGGAGUGGCUUGGACAUUAG